UGGUGCGCGGCAGCGCGGUGUAAAAUUCGUCUCGUGCGGUAAACCUCUUUCUCGCGGGCUGUUCCGCUCUCUCGUACCAUCCAGUCAGCUGUGAGCCGUUAUGCCCGUGUGUUUGCCUUGGGGGCUCGUAGACACCGACCAAGCGAGUAGCACCGGGUUCUAGGAGAACCAUAAUAACAGGUGCGCAACGAUAGAAGGCUCGUGACAGUUGACGUCAUCAUCUUUGAAUUUCCUCUUCUUCGCGCGCAGGACGACUGAAGAAGUAAGAGAUCAGACCCCGAGUGACCCUUGAACGGACUGCUGAAGAUCUCCACAGGUCCUGGUGGUCCGCCAUGGCCCACACCAACACCAGCAGCCCCCGUGGGGCGCUGGAGGAUUCGCCCAACAUGCUGGUCUACAGGAAGAUGGAAGACGUGGUUGCUCGUAUGCAGGAGGAGAAGAAUGGAAUUCCCAUCAGGACUGUGAAGAGUUUUUUAUCCAAGAUCCCCAGCGUCAUAUCAGGGUCAGACAUUGUCCAGUGGAUGCUUACACAUCUAAACAUGGAGGAUCCAGUCGAGGCUCUUCAUCUGGGAACGUUGAUGGCUGCUCACGGCUACUUCUUCCCCAUCUCUGACCACGUCCUGUCCUUGAAGGACGACGGCACCUUCUACCGGUUCCAGACUCCAUACUUCUGGCCCUCAAACUGCUGGGAGCCAGAGAACACAGAUUAUGCCGUCUACCUGUGCAAGAGGACCAUGCAGAACAAGGCCAGGCUGGAGCUGGCCGACUACGAAGCGGAGAGUUUAGCUCGACUUCAGAGGGCCUAUGCCCGUAAAUGGGAGUUCAUCUUCAUGCAAGCAGAAGCACAAGCUAAGGUAGACAAGAAGAGGGACAAGGUGGAGAGGAAGGUUCUGGACAGCCAGGAGAGGGCCUUCUGGGACGUCCACCGGCCUGUGCCGGGCUGCGUCAACACCACAGAGACAGACAUCAAGAAAUCCUCUCGGAUGAAAGAACCGCGUAAAACCAGGAGGUCAGUGUAUGGCUUGCAGAACGACGUUGGCUGUCACAGUCCUGUGAACACUGCUACACCAGAGACCAAAGAGCCAACGAAGGAGGAGCUACGGCAACAGAUUCUAUGUUGGCAGGCCCAGCUGGAGAGACAUCGGUUAAAGAUGUCCAAGGCAGCAGACAGCCUGAUCAGCUACAGCCAGCAGUACACGGAGUACGACCCCUGCUUCACCUCCCCGGAGCCCUCCAACCCCUGGACCUCUGACGACACCACCUGCUGGGAGCUGGAGACCAGUAAAGAGCCAGGGCAACAGAGAGUGCGGCGAUGGGGAUUUGGCUUCAACGAGGUUCUGAAGGAUCCGGCCGGUCGAGAACAGUUCCUCAAGUUCUUGGAGUCUGAAUUCAGCUCAGAGAACCUCAGGUUCUGGCUGGCGGUGCAGGAGCUGAAGAAGCGGCCCGUCAGAGAAGUAGCGACUCUGGUCCACAACAUCUGGCAGGAGUUCCUGGCCCCGGGGGCACCAAGUGCCAUCAACGUGGAUUCCAAAAGCUAUGCCAAGACCACCCACAAUAUCAAAGACCCCGGCCGCUACACCUUUGAGGACGCACAGGAGCACAUCUACAAGCUGAUGAAGAGCGACUCGUACAGCCGCUUCCUCCGCUCCAGCUGCUACCAGGAGCUGCUGCAGGCCAGGAAGAAGAAAAGCAAAACCUUGUUCUGAAGUACGCAGGACCACAAAGAUCAGCUCUCGACAAUAUCACUGUAGCCAGUGGCCAUGGAGACGUCUCAUAUGAACUGUAGCCAUGGAGACAUCUCAUAUGAACUGUAGCCAUCGAGACGUCUCUUAUAAACUGUAGCCAGUGGACAUGAAGACGUCGCAUAUGAACUGUAGCCAUGGAGAGGUCUAUUAUGAACUGUAGCCAUGGAGAUGGAGACAUGGACGGACAGUCCUGGAAAACGAUUUUGUGGGGAAUUACAUCCUAUGUGAUGUGUGUGUGUUUCAUUGACAUUUUCCAGACAAACAUCCCCACCUGGAAACCAAUCAUAUGAGAAAAAUUCUUGGGAACAUUUCCACAAAUGACUCAAAUGGAUCUUGUAGUUUUCCUACUCCUUGCAUACAUGCCAUCUUCACAGAGAACACCAACGCAAGGGAAGCAAUGCUGUAGCCAUGGUUUAAUGAGUUAGCUCAGACUGGUAUGGAGAUCCCGGUCUGAGAUGGAGAUCCCAGUCUUGGAUUGAGACUGGGAUGGAGAUCUGCAUGUUCACUGGCUACAGUUCAUAUGAGACGAUGGAGAUCCCAGUCUAGGAUGAAGACUGUGAUGGAGAACCCAGUCUGAAUGAGAUCAGACUCAGUUAUUAAUUUAUUUAGGUUUAUUUAAGACAUUACACUUAAAAUAAAUAAUGGGAGGUUUAUGGAUCAAAGAUAUGAGGAAUACUUUAAUCAUAAAUCUCAAUGUGUUUUUCUUUCACUAAUGUUUGUGGUUUGAAACACUGCUGGUGAGUGAGGUGACGGUCUUCAAGGGCUCAUGGCUACAGUAGAGGAGAGAGAGACACGGUCCUGUCCAUCUUAUUUGUACAGCCCUAAAUCACAGUUUGAAGAAACUCUAAUCCAAACGGAAAAAGCUCCAGAAGGAACCAAGAGUGGGAGAACCAGAAGGGUUUCUUAAUAUUAAGCCUUUGGAGAAUAAUUUAUAUUUGUUGUUAAAACAGAGCUAAACUCAAUGAUGUCCAAGGUUAAUGUUGAAAACCAAAUGGGGUUAAAGGUUAGUAGGAUUUAUUGUCAAGGCAGGUCUCUGAUAUUUAUACCUUUUAUAUCUAUUUCCCUUUUUUCAGAUUUUGAGGAUCUUAAUACUAGAAAAGUAUGAAAAGUCCUAUUAAGGGUGUACUAUUUAUAUGGCUUCAGUUAUGAAGCAGCUCAUAAAUGUUUGUUUGACAUUUGACUGGAUAUCAUGACAUGCUAAUGUAAUAAAUUAUGUGAUAGCAAUUUAAUAAAGCACAGCCUAGAAUUAAAUUCUUUGAAUUUGUAUCGCUCCCCUUUACAGGAAGUCUCUGAUUAUCCUGCUUUACAUACCCCAAGAGCUAAAGACCAUUACGA